CGAAUUGUUAUUAUUUUCCUUCCAAUUUUCGUGGCAUUCGUCACUCUCGUGUCGGGUGAAGGCGAAAACCAAAUCAAGAUGCUGAGAGUGGGCGCAAAGAGGCUUUUGGGAACGACGUCGUUGGGCGUUAGGGUUCCGGCGAGGCUGUACCACGAGAGGGUUGUGGAUCACUACGACAACCCCCGGAACGUUGGAUCGUUAGACAAGAACGACCCGAGCGUGGGGACGGGUUUGGUGGGGGCGCCGGCGUGCGGCGACGUGAUGAAGCUCCAGAUUAAGGUCGACGACAAAACCGGAAAAAUCGUCGAUGCUCGAUUCAAGACUUUCGGUUGUGGCUCCGCCAUUGCUUCUUCCUCCGUCGCUACUGAGUGGGUGAAGGGAAAGCAAAUGGAGGAAGUUCUGACUAUAAAAAAUACUGAAAUUGCAAAGCAUCUUUCACUUCCACCAGUUAAGCUCCACUGCAGCAUGCUUGCUGAAGAUGCCAUCAAAGCAGCCGUUAAAGACUAUGAAGCUAAGCGUGCUAAGGCAACUGCUAGCGGAGAGGCAGCAACAGGAGAGAAGCCUGCCAUUGCAUGAUUUCUUUCAUGUAUAAAAAGAAUGAUGAAAACAACCCUUUGUUUGUUUGUCUGUUAUUCUGUUAAUCAGUUGCUCAUUGAAGAACACCUUCACUAGACUUUGGGUUGGACUUAGUUAUAGCUAGAGAGUAUUCACAUCAUGCGAAGUAAAUAUUUGAAAUGCCGGCUAUGGUUUGUUAUCUGCUACUGGGUUUGUAUUUAGUAGUAGUCCAUCAUUGACUGUAUACGCAUAUAAUAAAGCAGAUUGGAAUGUUAGAAAGUUCUCCAUAACAAUUAAGUGAAUAGCAUGAUAUUUUUCACAAAUUUUGUUUCUGCA